ACACUGAGAGACUGUCUGAUUAAAGAAUUUUAUGAUUAUCAGUAAUAUGUUUAUUUUAGUUUUUUUUUUUUACUCUCAGGGACGUAAUUUGAUCUUUGAAUUGUCAUUUUUAAACUAUUUCCUUUAAAACAGGACGUGAUUUAUGAGUAAAAUUACUGUACUAAUAGUCUAUUUGGGCAUUUAAAUAAAUGCAAUUGAUACGAUUGAAAAAGUGAGGCACUGUUUGUUUUCAUUGAGUCAAUAAUGCAGAGAGCGCCUGUAGCCGAAGGGGCUGGGCUUGAGACUUGCCUCCAACGCAUGCUCAGAAUCUUCCCAUUUAAGACCGUGACAUGCCUCUGCUGUCUAGUCUUCAGGGCUCUGAUGGACCCUGUUCACUGAUCAGAACUGCUCCAAACUGGGAAGAUGUCACAGGACUCUCCGGAAGUUAACCUGCAGAUCCUUUUGGCUGUGGGCCUGGCUGUGUUUUUUUACUGCCUCGUUCUUGGCUGCAUCUUCUGGUGCUGCAGACAAAAGACAGUUUCUCUUGAAGACAAGGAGGCAGCUUUCCUCCCACCUCAUCUGGCUUCAGGGGUGGCUGCGUCGUCGUCGUCUCAUUCUCCUUGUACCCAGCAUGUCAAGCAGCAGUAUGAGGAGCUGGAUGGAGAUGUGCUGGAAUUCGUGGCCUCCUCUCCUUCUGGAGAUGACCUCUCCUGUGCCACUGAUCCUAAAAGGUCAGCUGGGCGGGUGGAGGCUCCUCUGUCUUUUUUUCCCUUGAGGCGCCUAAGCAGUCCAGCUGUUCCCUGCUCCCCUCGUAAAACUCUACGACAUGGCAGAGCCUCUUUGCCUUCUCUUACUAAAAUAAGUUUGGUGUCUAAAUCCCGCUACGUGAUGGGGCGGCUCAGCACCGGGAAUAGUGAAAUUUUUGCCCACUUUAAAGGCAGUCGUCUGACUGGCCAGCAGGGGGAGCCCUGCUCUACACAAUAUGGCUCUGGAUCUCUAUCCAUCUCUGCUCCUCUGCUGCACUUCUCCCUGCUCUUCUCCUCUGCCAGUGGUACCCUGGUGAUCAACAUCCUGGGACUUUCUGGCCACAGACGCAGUGGGGUGAUUGUUCGGGUCAGCCUCCCGCCCAUUUGCCCCUCAGCACAACAGAUUACUCUGCGGCGGCGCAGCCUCAGCCCGGAUCUUCAAGGCCAGAGCCGUGUGCUGCAGGUGGGCUCAGUGGAAGAGCUGCGUGCCUGCACACUGAGGCUAGCCGUGUACAGCAGGGACUUCUCAGGCUUGAGAGAAGCUGCACUUGGGUGGUUGGAGCUCCCCUGCGAGCCAGUGGACUGGGAGUCUGAAAUCACAAACACCUACAGCAAGCAGCUCACCGCCACUAAAGGCAAGCUCAAAAAGAGUGUGAGUUCUCAGGAGUGGCUGGGUCGCAGCAAGAGUUCGGUUGGUGCACCGGUGACUUUGGGAAAAGUGCUCAUCCUGCUUCAGUACCAGGCGGCGGCCCAGCGCAUCAAAGUGAUGGUUCGAAAAGCUGAAAAUCUGACCAAACUCACAAGAAUCCCAGGAGCUCCAGAUCACUGUGUUGUUAUUAAACUCCAUCAGGAUGGGAAUGUGAUCAGUUCCAAGGAGACCAAAGGUGUCAGCGGUCCAAACCCCAUCUGGAAUGCCCCCUUCCUGUUUAACCUGCCCCCCGGUGACAUCACUCAGCUGCCACUCACGCUCGAAUUUGUAAUCAUGCAGGGCCGUCUCUACACUAGGGGCAGUGUUCUGGGUCGCGUCCUGAUUGGCAGCAAUGCUUCAGAGGUCGGACAGGGUCACUGGAGGGAGAUGUGCAGUCUGCAGCAAACGGAAACCACUCACUGGCACACCAUCCAGUCAGAAGCUGUCUAGGACUGUCAAACCAAUAUUCAGUUAUCUCUGAUCACUGCAGAGAUGAGGGCUUGAGGCAGAAUUUGCUGAAAUUUCAUUCCAUUUGACACUAGUGUCAACUUUUGCAUUGGCUUAUGUGAAAUUUCCACUGUUUUUCCUUAAAAUGGCAGCUGUUUGUUUUGAAAUUGAUGUUUGGAACUUAUGCAGAUGUUGUGCUGCUUUUAUUGUGACAGAUUUGUAAAACUUUGGUGGAAGAGAAAAACUUCUAACUUGUCAGGUCCGUGUCUAUUCUUGCAUCUCAGAGGAAAUGUGCCAAAUAUUCAUCUGUGAGCUGCAUCAUAUUAAAAUCUGAGAUUUUAAAAAUA